AACAUGUCUUUUGUCAUUAUUUGUGGUUUUCCUUGAAGAGGAAAUCAUCAAAGAAAGAGACUAGGACCUCUUGCUCCAAGAUGUAGCCAGUGUUAUGGAUUCAUCAGGUUUUAUUUUCCAAAUACUUGAAAAACUUGAUAUGCUGCCACAUUUUUGAAUUUUUGGUCUCUUGAAGUGCAUCAGAAGUAUCAGAAAAAUGAUGAGGAAAAUGAAAAGAAAUUAAAGAACUUAAAGGAAACUCAUAGAUAUGCUGGGAGAGGAAGUAAACAUGCCAUGGAUUGCUUGGAGGAUUUCUCACAGUGUCCAGCUUGUAACAACAAAUAUGACGUUGUUUUGAUCUUACCUUGUUCUCAUACAAUCUGUGGUCGCUGUGUGGCAGCUGAAGAGGAAACCGGGUCGCAUCCUUUGUGUCACCGUGACCCCCGACGGUCAGUCUGCUCGGUGCCGUGCCCAUGCUGCAGACAACCCGUAGAGCUUCCAUGUUGGACCUGGUCAUCUGCCUCUUCCUGUCUUCCUCAGCAUCCCACUCUGAGGUCUGAAUAUGCAAACUGGGAUACAGGCUUCAAAGACGGAUCGGCAAGGUCUCACCACGAACAGGAGGACAGUGAUUGCAAAUCGACACUGGGCAGUAAAAGGUGCUCUAAUGCACACAGCUCCUUUGUCUUGCCAGUGGAUGGUGCUGUAGACCUGCUAGAAGAGGAGAUGGAGCAGAGUGUCUAUGGGCUGCACUUCUCCCUGGACCCUUCAUCUGUCCCACCACCCCUCCGUCUGUCAAACACCCUCCUCACAGUGACCUACAGUGACAGUGGUUUUUCAGACCCACAUCCUCCGAUCAGAAAUCCUGCGCUGACCCCUGACUCCACAGGGCUUUUUCCUCAUGUGAGCGCUGAUGUCAUCAUUGCUCGGGGGCAGUACUACUGGGAGGUGGAUGUCUGUAACAGCUCCGUCUACAGAGUUGGUGUAAUCUCAUCAGAUGGAUGUAACGGCUGGUGGCUGGAGAGAAAUGUCUCGGCUUUUCAUGCAGUGUACGAUGGAAGCUGUGAGCCUAUCGACACUGUCCCGCCCAGGAUCAAAACCCUUGGGAUAUUCCUCAGUUUUGAAGGCGGGAUUCUGAGUUUCCACAACCCGCUGACCCAGGAGCAUCUUGUCACACUGCCGACCCGCUUCAGCCCUUCCGGGGUACUCCCGGCUCUGGGUCUAGGACAGGGCAAGCUGAGGUUACACUGUGGCCUUCCAACACCUCCUUUUGUAUUUCUGGGUAAGCACUCGACUUUUAGGGGUCCUUGUGGUCCAAAUAGUGUUUGGUGGCACAGAGAGGUUCCAUUCCAGUCAGUGAAAACAGUGAUCCAAAAGUUUGAGAAACUGGCAUCAUCAAACUAAAAAUUUCUUAAUUUUUGGAUCAUCCUUUGGAGUCUGUGGAAGGAAAUUCAUCUAGAAUAAGAAGAGCUUCUAAAAGCUUCGGUUCACAGGGAACACCCACAGAUUCUCUGGCUGGUUUGAUGUUUAACUGCCAUUUGAAAGGCUAAUUUUCCAUCUUGGCGUACUAUGGCUACCCUUUUUCAUUCUCUACUUGAACCCGGACCUGCAAUUGACUCUCUCCCUGGGAUCCAGCCCUUUCUCUCAGCUGAACCACCCCCACUGAUUUGGGCUUGGGCCAGAAAGAGUCCUGGGUUAUAUGAAGUGUGAGGAAAGGGUGGGAUUUUGCCAGCAGGACUCCUUGAUUUGUCUCUGUGUGCCGGCUGUUGGACAGUAGGUGUCCCACACUAUGGAAACACACGUUGUGUAUAGCGCCGCUUUAAAAGUUUGCCCAGCCACUCGUGCAUUUUGGUGUGUGUUUGCGCAGGAGGAAACAAUGCAUGAGCGACAGGGGGUGAGGUGAUGAGGCGUGAGUACAGUGACACCAGUGGUGUUGACAUGGAGCAGCAAUGACAGGUGGUAACAUACAUUUAUCCCACCGCCUGUCUUCGAAGGAACAGUAGGGCUGUCCUUUCUGACCUUUUUGAAAACCACAGGACACCCAACGACUUCAAAAGAGCCAAGAGAAAGCCAGAGAACUGAGAGGGAGAAAGAGUAACAGCAUGCAUGUCAGUAGGUGAUGAAUUGAUAUAAAAAAAAUAAGCUGAGAAAGGCAUUCCAAACGAUCUCCAUGCCAAAUACGUAGAAAAGAUGUAGCAGCAGAAACUUUGCUUUAAGAUGCAGUGAAAAAUAAUUAUGACAUGCUUACUUUUUAAAAUAAUCUCUGAAUGGUUAUGUGUGCUCAUUUUGUCAGUAAGUAGAUUGAACACAAAAGGUCACAGUAGAAAAUCUGUAUAACUGUGUUCAAUUUCUUAGCAUGUUCAGUUUGUGUAAAAGAUUAGCAGAAACUGAUACUUGAUCUUAUCUGAUUGGGGCCAUAAAACAGUUUUGUUUUUUUUCCUGUAUUCAGUGGUAAAAGCUUCUGGCUCAAAAUUGUGAAUGUUUGGGGGAGUGUGUAAUGUUGGACUGUGGUAAAGUCAUGAGAAAUUGUUGUUAUAGAUGUCGUAAGGAUCAGUAUCUGGAGCUAAACAGAGCAUGUAAUUUAGAUGUUAAAUAAAGCAAAUAUAAAGAAAUAAUCCUGAAGGAUUUCCUCCUGUGAUGCGAUGUA